AUGAGUUCCCAUCAGCAGAAGCAGCCCUGUACCACACCCCCUCAGCUUCAGCAGCAGCAGGUGAAACAACCCUGCCAGCCUCCACCCCAGGAACCAUGUGUUCCUCAAACCAAGGAGCCAUGCCACACCAAGGUUCCUGAGCCCUGCCACACCAAGGUGCCAGAGCCGUGCCACACCAAGGUGCCAGAGCCAUGCCACACCAAGGUUCCUGAGCCCUGCCACACCAAGGUGCCAGAGCCGUGCCACACCAAGGUUCCUGA